UGUACAAAUUACAGUGAUCUUAACGGCCAUGUUGUGCUUCUGUGGAUAUUUUUUUAAUAUUUUUUAAUCAAAAUAUUGAGUUAUCUAUUAUUAUUGUGUGCAUUAAAAAGUUAUAGAAGUUGUUAAUCAUAAAUAUAAUUUUUGGUGUUAUACUGUAAUUUGCCUUGUAUGAUAUUUACCUACUCUUCAGUCCAUUGCUUAUUGCUGUGGUUUAUCAAAACAACUGGUUCACGACAGCAUGGUGACUUGGUCAAAAUAAAUAGGUUGUGUGAAGAUUACACGUAACUUAAAAUGUCGCGUUGUUUUUAAUUCAUGGAAUAGUACAUUUUAUCGUUUAAAUUUAAAGAUUCAACAGACAUUCCGGCAAAGCAUCCGAUUUAGUUGACCAAAUUCUCUACGAAGAUGCGUAUAUGUAAUUGAUAAUCUGGAUAUCAUUAGUUCACAUCAGGAGCGGAGUUUCAUAUUAUGUUUUACCUGUGCGGGAUUUUUCCAUUUUAUUCGACCUGGUUACAAAAAAGGCUGUAAUUUAUUUUGCGGACUGUUGUGAAAUCAAUAACUAAAUUAUGUAAAUUUCUGUUGAUGGGAAUAAAAGCCAUGAGGAGGUAACAUAAGCUGUUUACUACUGCAUGUCUUCAUUUGUGCAAAUCCAAGGACUGUGUCUAACAUCCAAAUGUAGGAAACUGUGUGCUCAAGUUUAACUGCUGUUGCAGUGGUAGUGAUAAUUCAUUUGUAAAACUUGCGUUCUCAUAUUUUACUUCUUCAUUCCACAAAAAAAUAAAUCGCAAAGUGGCGGCUGAAUUUUACUCAGCUAGAAGGCUUUCUACUGGGAAACCAGCAGAGCCUAACAUGGUUUUUAUUGGGUACAUCCACUGAUGGCGAAUAAAAACCCUCCUGCACAUGAUUUUGCACCAGCGUGGCUGAAGAUACCUACAUAUAAUAAUACUAUUAAGCCCUCUGGUGCAUCCAGCGAGCGUGGCGGACAUACUAGUCGCAGAGAUGAGCAUAGCUUAGGUUUCACUCGCCACAAUAAAGAAAGUGAUCCUUUAGCAUCUUAUCAUUCAUAUUUCAAUGACUGCCGUAAAGACAGGGAAGAUUUUGACGACGCCCAUUCUUCAGUCAACGAUGUUCAUUAUUAUGGAAUGGAUAAUGGCUUCAAUGGUUCAUCAUGUAAUAGUCAAGCUCUUCUUUCACGCAGGCCACACAGCAGACAUGACUUCCGCAUUUCUCUUUCAUAUGCAAAGCCGGAAAAUAAUAAACACAUGACAAAGAAUGGCAGUGGUUUCUAUAACCACAAAGGGAAAGGUAAAGGAAAAUUAUCAGACAAUAAUGGUGUGAGUAAUAAUGGCAUUGCUGAUGGACGGGGUAUAGGAGUCACUAGCAAUAACUUCAAUCAAGAAUUUCCAUCUCUGCAAGGGGACGUUUCUGAAGAACCAACUACACCUCCAGCUUUGAAUGGAAGUGCCUGGGAAAAACCCAGAAGUAUAAAAAUUCAAAAUCCUGCAAUAGGAAAGAAAAUUCAGCUAGUGAAAAAACCUGUCAAGAAUGAGAAUUCUUGUGAGAGCUCCAGAAAAAGUCCAGCAUCUUCAUCAUCUGGACCUCUUACAAAAUCCUCAAGUUCCAUCUCCAGCAUUACUAAUCCGCACACUGUCAUCGUCACUUCAGUUGCCAAAGGUGGUUCUUCGAACUGCAGAGCUCUCAUCCCUGCCAAAAGUACUGUUAUGAAGAAAACCAUGAAAGAAACUUUAAAGAAACCCAGCUCUACACCAUCAGUAUCAACUCAUUCCAUGGAGAUUUUAGUAAAACACCCCAAAGCACCUGGUAAUAAAUCAGAAUUUCUAAAAGCCCUACGCAAUGAAAAUAAGGAACGGGAUGAAAAUGAAAGAGAUUAUUCUGAAAAAGAUGCAUCAACCAAAAAUAAUAAUUCUCUGCAGAGUUCAUCUGAAGAACAUCAUGUAAAUGGAAUUGACAUUUCAAAGCUGUCACUCAGUGAUGAAAAAGAAAGGAGUAUUUUGUCAAGUUCCCUUGAAGCUGAAGAGAGGUUAUUGCGGGAAAUGGGAUGGAAGGAAGAAGUUUCAGAUGAUGAAAAUUAUGCCCCAUUAACAGAAGAUGAGCUGCGGGAGUUCCGUGACCGUUCAGAAAAGAUCCUGAAGAAAAAUGGCGUUCGUCGUAAUCUUCUUUCAAACUUGAGCCCUCUCCGUCUUGCACCAUUUCCAAGUGUGCCCCCACCGACAGAAAAUUCUACUUCUAGCUCUUCAGAGUCAGACUCAGAUGAUCCAUAAAACAUCUAUUACACUUUGUAGCUGAGUUAUUUGGUCACUUGAAUAUACUGUUUAAAUUAGCUUUUCUCUUUCUUUCAACAACUGAUGUGUACAACUUUUAUGAUUUCUUUUAUUUUCUUUGACUUCGUAAUCCUUAUGAAUGUCGGAAUUUGAAUAUAUUCGUUAGCUCUGCGAUAUUUUUAUCAUGCUUCAUUAUGUAAAUCGUGUUGGAAUGAACCCUUUCGAAUUAUCCAUUUUGCCUUCAAAAAUAAUGAAUUUGUUUGUGAACUCUAAAUGAAACUGUUUUUGAAGUUCAUAUCCUGAAUUUUUUUAUUGUAAUACAUAAAGCAAUGAGAUCUAGUGUUAUUUUUGUAUAAAUACCUUUUCCUCAAUAUCACCGAAUAGUAUUUUUUCAUGCUUUUGUCUGAAAUAAUUAUAUUUGAAUCUGUUUAGAAUUAUAAUUGAUUUUUCUGAGUUGAUGGAAUUUAAAUAUUUGUCUUUCAUAUAUGACUGUUUAAGCUGUGCUAUCUGUCAGUUAUAUGUAUAAAAUAUUUUUUAAAAACAGUUGGAAGGAAUGAUAAUUCUUCAAUCAUUCCUCUUGUAGUGCUUGUGUAAAUCAGUGAUAUUCUAUUUUUAUCAGCAUUUAAGUGGUAAAAUGUUGUUGUGUGAGAGUGAAUCCAAUACUAAUAUUUUAUCUUAAAAGUAAUAAGUAAACAAUAUAUCUUCUGCAUUUAUUGUUAGAUGUUACAAUAUUUUGAACUUUUAGAACUUUUGAGGUAAUAUCUUUGAAUGUGUGAAUAUAUCAGGGUGUUAUCUUUCGAUUUAUUCUUUUGCUUGAGAAAUGUAUGUGCAUGUGCAACUUCAACCUGCACCAUUUUUUGUUAGUUCUAUAGAUAAUUGUCAUCGGAUAUUUGAGAUUUACCAUAAUUCUACUGUUUGUAAGUGCUGGAAAGAGUAUGCCUGUUGUGUGUGGUAACAAAUACAAUGAAUUUUGUCAUAAAAAUCCUGUUCACUCUUUUUUACAUGUGUUACUCCGGUUCUUGAGAACUGAGGUUUAAAUUUCUGCCGAAGUAUGGUCUAAUACGCUUGAAAGUUUGGAACCAUCUGUUCCCUAAUAUCUUAUCUUUGGGGACCUGCUUGGCACUUAAAAAAGAAAAUAUAGAGAUGUAUUUUUAUGUGCCAAAAAUGAUAAAAAGUAUUUUAAUUAACUUAGAGAUGGAUAACUGGAAAUAGGGCUUUCAUUCCAACCCUUUAAUAUUCUUUAUGUAUUUUGAAAUAUACUUUUCCAUGAAAUUUUUUACUUGAUUGAAACCUAAAAAAACUUAUGUUUGCUAUGAUCUUAAAAGUGUUUUCAAGUCUUUUGAUGAUUUUUUUUCUUUUGUAUUUCUCAAUGUUUUGACAAUGCUGUGUGGUGACUUGCUAGAGACUGAACUAUGCACAAAUGUGUGGUCAAUUUAUGUACAUAUAUAUAAAAAAAGCAUUCUUUAAAAGGCUGAUGUGUCAUCAAUAAAUUAGUGAUGAUUUUCCAAAGAACUCAGCCUGAUUAUCUAUGCAAAGAGACAAUAUUAAAACUCCUGUCUAGCAGGUAUGAACUUUCUGCUAUGAAAAACGAAAUAAUUAAAGAUUGUACAGAAGUGUUUUUCUUUAAGAUGUGAAAAAGCCUUUCCUAUAUGCUUGAAAUGGCUGUUAGCCUUUGUUGAUAAUUGAAUAAAGCACGAUUUUGCUAUUGAA